GGGGCCGAGCGGGAGCUGGAGCUGAAGCCGAAGCCUGAGCCGGCGGUUGCAGGGGAGGCGGUGAUGUCGGUACAGGUCGUGUCCGCAGCGGCCGCCGCCAAAGUGCCCGAGGUGGACCUGAAGGACCUGAGCCCUUCCGAGGCGGAGCCGCAACUGGGACUGAGCGCGGCGGCCGUGAGCGCCAUGGUCCCUCCGGCGGGCGGCGGCGACCCCGAGGCCCCAGCUCCCGCGGCGGAGCGGCCCCCGGCCCCCGGCCCGGGCUCGGGGCCAGCCGCUGCUCUUAGCCCUGCCGCCGGGAAAGUGCCCCAGGCGUCAGCCAUGAAGCGGAGCGACCCUCAUCACCAGCACCAGCGGCACCGCGACGGCGGCGAGGCCCUGCUCAGCCCCGACGGCACCGUUACCGAGGCGCCGCGCACAGUCAAGAAGCAGAUCCAGUUUGCUGACCAGAAGCAAGAAUUUAACAAACGUCCCACCAAAAUUGGACGUCGCUCUCUGUCUCGUUCCAUUUCUCAGUCGUCUACUGACAGCUACAGUUCAGCGGCAUCAUAUACAGAUAGCUCUGAUGAUGAGACAUCUCCCAGGGACAAGCAGCAAAAGAACUCUAAGGGAAGCAGUGACUUCUGUGUCAAGAACAUAAAACAGGCAGAGUUUGGACGAAGAGAAAUUGAAAUUGCUGAACAAGAAAUGCCGGCCCUGAUGGCUUUGAGAAAGAGAGCUCAAGGAGAAAAACCUUUGGCUGGAGCCAAAAUUGUGGGCUGCACACACAUCACUGCUCAGACUGCCGUGCUCAUGGAAACUCUGGGUGCCUUGGGAGCUCAGUGCCGAUGGGCCGCCUGCAAUAUCUAUUCCACUCUCAAUGAAGUGGCUGCUGCUUUAGCAGAAAGUGGAUUUCCUGUCUUUGCCUGGAAAGGAGAGUCAGAAGAUGACUUUUGGUGGUGCAUUGAUAGAUGUGUGAAUGUGGAGGGCUGGCAGCCAAACAUGAUCUUGGAUGAUGGAGGGGAUCUAACUCACUGGAUUUAUAAGAAGUAUCCCAACAUGUUUAAGAAGAUCAAGGGCAUAGUAGAGGAGAGUGUAACUGGAGUUCAUAGGCUGUACCAGCUAUCCAAAGCUGGGAAGCUGUGUGUUCCAGCCAUGAAUGUGAAUGACUCAGUCACCAAACAAAAAUUUGACAACCUCUACUGUUGCCGUGAAUCUAUUCUUGAUGGACUUAAAAGGACAACAGACAUGAUGUUUGGUGGAAAACAGGUGGUGGUCUGUGGCUAUGGAGAGGUGGGGAAGGGAUGCUGUGCUGCCUUGAAAGCCAUGGGCUCCAUUGUGUAUGUGACGGAGAUUGACCCCAUCUGUGCUCUUCAAGCCUGUAUGGAUGGAUUUCGACUGGUGAAAUUGAAUGAGGUCAUCCGACAAGUGGAUAUUGUUAUUACCUGUACAGGUAACAAGAAUGUGGUAACCAGAGAGCACUUAGACCGGAUGAAGAAUAGCUGCAUUGUUUGUAACAUGGGACAUUCCAACACAGAGAUUGAUGUGGCGAGUCUGCGGACACCAGAACUGACCUGGGAGCGAGUGAGGUCCCAAGUUGACCAUGUAAUAUGGCCUGAUGGCAAGAGGAUAGUAUUGCUGGCAGAGGGCCGUCUGCUGAACCUAAGCUGCUCUACAGUGCCUACAUUUGUGCUCUCAAUUACCGCUACUACUCAGGCUCUUGCCUUGAUAGAGCUUUACAAUGCUCCUGAGGGUCGCUAUAAGCAGGAUGUCUACCUGUUGCCCAAGAAAAUGGAUGAGUACGUGGCCAGCCUACACCUGCCCACCUUUGAUGCCCACCUGACAGAGCUGACAGAUGAGCAGGCCAAGUAUCUGGGACUCAACAAGAAUGGGCCCUUCAAGCCGAAUUACUACAGGUAUUAAGUUCCUGUAACUCAAGCCAGAAGAAGUUUUAAGGAAUAGAACUCCAAGCCUUUUCUCCACUCCUAUACAGGAAGGAACCCAGCAAGCUGCUUCUCUAAUCAGCUGCCCGCCGUGCUCACCUUAUAUGUUAGAUUAUUUAUUUAUUAAAAUCUAGAGUCCUGCGCCUGUCGCCUUGGCCCAGAGUGGUUACUGCCCCGAGGGCUGUGAGAGCCGCGGAGGACAGGCUGAGGAAGGAGAGGGAUGGGUAACCAUUCCUAGUGCAGCUUUUGCAUUAUUUUCCAUUGACGGAAGCCUUAGCGGCGGUCAUUCUUCUCUUGUUCAGCCUCAGGAGUUAGUCCCGGGAUUCCGGAAUCCUUGUUUCCUGGGAUGUUUCUGGGUUGCAUUUUCAACAGCUGCUUUUCUCAGCUUUGGUUUGUCCCCAGAUGAGGCUUUUUGGAAGCCACUGUAUUAACAUGGCCCGGGUUCCCAGCCAUCAUCGUUGUCACUGCCUUCUUUAUAAAUUGGUUGGGAAGGAUUGUUAGGGCUUUGGCAAGCAGCCCCAAGAACUCAGCUAUCCUGUGCUUACUGGAAGUCUCCUGUACCCGGGACUCCUUUCAUCUCAAGUACUUCUGUCCAUUUUAACGCUUUCUGGUUCCAAGAGGAAUGUGCUUCCGUUAUUUCCUCAGCAUCUCUGAUAUUUGUCAGACAUUUGUUUAGCCAUCUUUCUAACCCAACUGCCCUCUCUGCUCGGGAAGUGGGAGGCAGCCCUACUGGGGCCCAUGGUUCUACUUCCUUGUCAUUUAACUGGAUGGUUUCCCAGGAAGCUGUCUCCAAAGUGACAGUCUCAGAAAUGCGAAACAUUACUUCCUGAAACUUCCUCUUGUUGCCUGAAACUGAGCAGGGGAAGGCAUACUUCCCAAGGGAUUUGGAGUGUAUGGCUUUGGAAAUGGGACAGGUCUUUCAGGCCCACAGCUUGACACCCUAAAGAAGCAGAAUGUAUUUAUUUGUCUCCUGGGAAGAUCUUUGCAGCUUAACUAACUGUAUAGAGAUGACAUUGUGAACUGUGUCCAGAUGAUCAAGUCAGUUUGGUUAGGUUGAAUUUUAUCAGACAUUCAGCUGUUGAUGAAACUGAAAUCUGAUGUUUAUGUAAUUUAGUCUUGUAUUUCUUCUCUGUUGGGAUAUCUUACUAUGUUCUGGCCUUUUCCAUCUUAUGGGCCUGUCAUUUCUUCAGUAACUCCAACAUUACAAACAAUUAAUAAUGUGAGCAGCCUGAAAUUUUAUGUCCCACCUAAGAGUUUGAUUCCUUUUGGAGACAGACCUAUUGGUCUUAGGGUUCCAAUGGAACCAGAUUGGAUCUAAGAGUUAAAAGUCUAGAUUUGUACUGGCCCUACAAAUCUUGAAUGAAGUGAGUCCCCUUCCCCCCCUUCCAACCCUGAUUAGACUCUCAGGUUUGUUUAGUUUUCCUGUUUUGUUUUGUUUUUUCCUAUCCUGGUCUGCUUCUAAGUUGAGACCAAGGUGACUCAAGAAAACACCAGACUAUCCAGGGUCACUGUAACCUUCCCACUCUAAUCUCCUCCCCAACCUCCACCUUCUCCAAAUUACCCUGCUCCUCCUGUGUACCUCUGGAAGCGCUCUUCCUUCUGGAGGCAGGGAGGAGGACCGUAGGGGAAUGACUGUUCGCUUCAUUAGAUUCCAUGUAGGCUCAGCCCAUACAGUCUGAUUACCCAAAGGCCGUAUGUCUUAGCAAGUACUGG